UUGAUGUUGAAAAUCCUUUAAAAGAAAUCAAACCAGAGAGACAUGAAUUGAACUAUAUUGAACCCUAUACAGCCACCUUGUUCAAAUUCAACAUUGUUCUUCAAAGUUUCAAUCUUUUUUCCGAUGUUGUCAUAACCCUUCUCUUCUAUUCUUUCUCUAUUUUUUAUUUUUUUAUUUUUUUGGGUGGUCUUUCAUUUCACACCGAGCAUGUCCCAGAAUGGUUCGUUGGAGCGGAGGACACAACAGCAUCAGCAGCCACGCGCGUCGAAUGGAGAGGUAGUUGCGGCAACAACGUUGUAUGGUUCGAACAGCAACAGGCUCCGUGGAAGCCCCAAAAAAGACCACAAACCCGACAACUAUGAAGACCUUCAAUUGGAGUUCAACCCUCUUGUGUUCAGCUCUCUGGAGCAGUAUAUGCCUCACCACAUGCUCAACAUGUCACGAGACGUUAAGGCUCGUUACAUGAGCACCAUUCUGUUCCGUUAUUUACCUGAGAGUGAACGCAUUCGGAUUCAAAAGCACAAGGAAUACAGGCAAAAGAUCAUAAUGAAUUAUCCGCCGCUACACAAGGAGAUAUAUGCUAUGCAUGCUGAAAACUUUUUUGCGCCCUCAUUUCUCAAAGCAAUUAAAGAAAAUACAGAAGCGAGUUUUAAAAGUGUAAUGGUUGAACCCUCUAGAGGAAUUUAUACGUUUGAAAUGCUUCAACCACAGUUUUGUGAAAUGUUGGUAUCUGAGGUGGAUCAUUUUGAAAGAUGGGUCCAUGAGACCAAAUUCAGAAUCAUGCGACCUAAUACAAUGAAUCAAUAUGGUGCUGUUCUUGAUGAUUUUGGCCUGGAAAACAUGCUUGACAGAUUGAUGAAUGAUUUCAUACGUCCUAUAUCUCGAGUUUUCUUUACUGAACUUGGUGGAUCCACGCUGGACUCUCAUCAUGGUUUUGUUGUUGAAUAUGGAAUCAAUAGGGAUGUGGAACUUGGCUUCCAUGUGGAUGACUCUGAAAUCACCUUAAAUAUUUGCUUGGGAAAACAAUUUUCUGGCGGAGAACUGUUCUUCCGGGGUGUUCGAUGUGAUGAACAUGUAAAUACUGAUACCCAAUCAGAGGAGAUCUUCGAUUUCUCCCAUGUUCCAGGACAUGCAGUUCUUCAUUGUGGUCGUCACCGGCAUGGUGCUAGACCUACAACAUCUGGUCAUCGGAUUAAUUUAAUUCUCUGGUGUAGAAGUUCGGCAUUUAGAGAGAUGAAGAAAUAUCAUAGAGGUUUUUAUAGCUGGUGUGGAGAAUGCAGACGCAAGAAGAAGGAGAAAGAGCGCAUAUCAGUUGCUGCCACUAAACAGGAGUUACUAAAGAGGGGAGUUAAAUCAGCCUCAUGAACAUGCACUUUCGAAUCUUGCUUGUAUAGUUGAUUCAUGAUAAUGUUAACUUUGACAUGUUGAAACUCCUCCUCUCUUUCCACUCUGUUGUGCUUCUUUCCCGUUUCAGGAUUCAGGAUUCCUUUCAAUGAAAUUAUAUGUAAUUUAAGUUGAAAGUCAUAAACAUGCAUUUCAUAAUGUUAAUGA